CACCUUCACAAACACUAUCGCUUACUCUGUCCUCUCGCUGCUCUAGGGUUUUAUAUUAUCUCUCUGCGAAGCCGCCGAAUUCUCUCUCUUUCGAGGUUUUUGAUUCAUCAUGGGCAAGGAAAAGGUCCACAUCAACAUUGUGGUCAUUGGCCACGUCGACUCUGGAAAGUCGACCACCACCGGUCACCUGAUCUACAAGCUUGGAGGUAUUGACAAGCGUGUGAUUGAGAGGUUUGAGAAGGAAGCUGCUGAGAUGAACAAGCGUUCAUUCAAAUACGCCUGGGUGCUUGACAAGCUCAAGGCCGAGCGUGAGCGUGGUAUCACCAUUGACAUUGCCCUGUGGAAGUUCGAGACCACCAAGUACUACUGCACUGUCAUUGAUGCUCCUGGCCAUCGUGACUUUAUCAAGAAUAUGAUUACUGGAACCUCACAGGCUGACUGUGCCGUUCUCAUCAUUGACUCAACCACUGGUGGUUUUGAAGCCGGUAUUUCCAAAGACGGCCAGACCCGUGAGCAUGCUCUCCUUGCUUUCACCCUUGGUGUCAAGCAGAUGAUCUGUUGCUGUAACAAGAUGGAUGCCACCACUCCCAAAUACUCAAAGGCUAGGUACGAUGAAAUUGUGAAGGAAGUCUCAUCUUACUUGAAGAAGGUCGGAUACAACCCUGACAAAAUCCCAUUCGUUCCCAUCUCUGGUUUCGAAGGUGACAACAUGAUUGAGAGAUCCACCAACCUCGACUGGUACAAGGGUCCCACCCUCCUCGAUGCUCUUGACCAGAUUCUGGAGCCCAAAAGACCAACAGACAAGCCUCUCCGUCUCCCACUCCAGGAUGUUUACAAGAUCGGUGGUAUUGGAACUGUCCCAGUGGGUCGUGUUGAGACUGGUGUCCUCAAGCCCGGUAUGGUUGUGACCUUCGGACCAACUGGACUAACCACUGAAGUUAAGUCUGUUGAGAUGCACCACGAGGCUCUCCAGGAGGCUCUCCCGGGUGACAACGUUGGGUUCAACGUUAAGAAUGUGGCCGUCAAGGAUCUUAAGCGUGGUUACGUCGCCUCCAACUCCAAGGAUGACCCUACCAAGGAGGCUGCCAACUUUACAUCCCAGGUUAUCAUCAUGAACCACCCUGGCCAGAUUGGCAAUGGCUAUGCCCCAGUUCUUGACUGCCACACCUGCCACAUUGCUGUCAAGUUCGCUGAGCUUCUUACCAAGAUUGACCGUAGGUCUGGAAAGGAGCUCGAGAAGGAGCCCAAGUUCUUGAAGAACGGUGAUGCCGGUAUGGUGAAGAUGAUUCCCACUAAGCCCAUGGUGGUGGAGACCUUCUCCGAGUACCCCCCACUUGGUCGUUUUGCCGUGCGUGACAUGCGUCAGACUGUUGCUGUUGGUGUCAUAAAGAGCGUUGAGAAGAAGGACCCAAGUGGAGCUAAGGUCACCAAGUCCGCUGCCAAGAAGGGAGGGAAGUGACUGGCUUUUGGCACCGAGAUUUUCGUCUUGAUUGGUGCAAUAUGGAACUACUGGUUAUGCUUUUACUGUCGUCGUCCUAAAGACUUUGCUUAUUUGGAUUGUGUGGUACUAUUGAGCUUUUUAGUCAGUUUUGUUUUGAGUCGCGACUUUUCUCGUUCUAGUUCCAUGUGGUCGCUGUCCUUCCCUUGCGCUCAGAAUUGGGUGCUUGACAGGCGGUGGCCGCAUUUCUUGAGUCGGUGGCACUUUCUUUUAUGAAGGGGUGAACAGUUUUCUAUUAGCUCUUCUGAUAUUUGCUUUCGUUGAACUCAUAUUAAAGUUUUGGUGCUACUUUAUUAGAUUUACAUUUUGUUAUAAAAUCUUUUUUGUCGGUUUAA